UACUGUAGCGUGGCGAGGGUGGGCCGUGUGACGUAGUGCUGAGGCUCUGGCUGUUUAUUGUUCCUUCCUGAGCGCCGACCGAGAAAAAACAGGCUAACGGGCUGUCAACUACUCUUCUCAUACGGUUCACAGUCGGUUUAACGAAGGCAUAACGGUCGAGACAGCUGACUGUACCAACCAGCGGCCAUGGCGUACGCGUAUCUCUUCAAAUACAUCAUCAUCGGAGACACGGGAGUGGGCAAGUCAUGUCUAUUACUACAGUUCACAGACAAGAGGUUUCAGCCAGUUCACGAUCUCACUAUCGGUGUGGAAUUUGGAGCAAGGAUGAUCACUAUAGAUGGAAAACAGAUCAAACUGCAGAUCUGGGAUACGGCUGGCCAGGAGUCAUUCCGCUCCAUCACCAGGUCUUACUACAGAGGAGCUGCAGGAGCACUGCUAGUCUAUGAUAUCACAAGAAGGGACACCUUCAACCACUUGACGACCUGGUUAGAGGAUGCUCGUCAACAUUCAAACUCCAAUAUGGUCAUUAUGCUCAUUGGCAACAAGAGUGACCUGGAGUCGAGGAGAGAGGUGAAGAAGGAAGAAGGUGAAGCAUUUGCCAGAGAACACGGCCUCAUAUUCAUGGAGACCUCAGCCAAGACUGCCUCUAAUGUAGAGGAGGCGUUCAUCAACACAGCUAAGGAAAUCUAUGAAAAGAUCCAGGAGGGAGUGUUUGAUAUCAACAAUGAGGCUAACGGUAUUAAGAUUGGACCCCAGCACCCUACCACCAACUCCACACUGCCCGGAAGCCAGGGAGGCCAACAGGCCGGAGGAGGCUGCUGCUGAAGCCCCAAGACACACCUCCUGCCCCGACCCUGCUCCUCCCCACCCUCUCCAACCCUCCCUUUGCAUUUCUACAAACCUGCCCGGGAUCACUAACAGUCUUGUUCGCCACUACUUUAUUCUUUUAUCCAUCCACUCAUCUCUUUCUCUCAGUCUCUCUCUCCUUUUCUGGGUCUCUCGUGAUGCCUAAGAAUCAAGGGGCUGCACUGUCCUGAAUCGACCUACUUCCUACAGUCUUACAAGGGCAGAGUCAGCUCCAUCCACAGAUAAAAAAACCACCAAGCUCUCACCAAGUUUUCACCUCUUUUUUUGAAAGUUAAAAGUUUUAGUCUUUUUGUUCAGAUGUCUGUCCCUCAUAAUUCCAAAAAAACUAUACUAAACUAAUAACUAUUUUUGGUAACUGAGUUGAAUUUGUCCAGAUAGACAGGACCAUGAUUUCAGAAAGCACACACACAACAUGUGGAAUAAACCAUGCCCCGUGUUGUGUCUAUACACACAUCUGUACGUGUUUUUAGCGGAUGAUGCAGCACGUUGAUAGAGGGGCAUGUUUCUACAUGUUGAGUGCUCUGCCUGUGUGUUUGGAAACGAUAUAGGUAUUCCAGCAUGUCACUUCGUAAGACAUAGGAAGUCACUCUGUAUUUUCUGUUCAUAAAACAUUGUGCAAAUGAUGUCAUUUUGUGCUUUCUUUCCCUAUUUUUUUAAGCCAUUGCUGUUUUUGUCCUCACUCUUUGUUCAUGUCCUGUUCCUUAAUAAUUUGUAUUCGAUGAACACUACAAAUUGGCUUUGGCUCAAAGUGUUUUAAACUGUUGGGGGAGGGAAUAAAAGACCAAACUCUUGAGUGUGAAGAUGGGUCUUCUUCAGGAAUAACAAAAAAAAGCAGGAAGGUUAAAGAAACGUUAAGGCAUGAGAGCAGUGGCCAUUAUGAAGUUUAAAAAGUAAAAUAGAUUGGAAGGAGAUUUUUUUUAUUUAUCAGGUGCGUUUUUGUGUAUAUAUGGCUCUUCAGGUUUCUGUAGCAUUUAUGGCUGUUUAGGGUGAAGCUUGGCUUGUUGUGGUCUAUUUCUUCUUCAUCGGGGGCUGAUAGAAACCACGACGAAUCCUUCACAUUGCUUUUUAUUGUUUUUAACAUGAUCUCAUUUAAAACUUGGAGGUACUCAACCCGCCCUGUUAUGAGGAUUGUUGGUGCCCUUUCUUUUAAAUGAAGUAGGAUUGACAACAGGCUGUUAACAGGGUCUCGCAGAGGCAUUGAACGUCCCUGGUGGCAAACCCACUGUAUCUGAAAAUGUCAAGGCUUCCAGCUAAAUUUCCACCUUGAAUUUCUCCGCAGACUUAUCCAGUAAACCGCUAAUAUCCUAAACCAUGACUGCUGCAAUGUUUUGUUUUUCUUCAAGGCAUCAUUUUACAUUCAUUGUCAUGUUUAGUUAUUUAUCUUUUCUUUCUUAAAUAUGUGUGGCAACAUUAGCCCUGCACCUAUAUUUAAUGCCAAACUGUUGUGUUUACCUGCAUUUUGUCAAAAGGGUGAAAAAAAUCAGCUAAGCUCCAGUGAUGAUGUGAUGUGAAAUCAGCUGUCAGCCUUAACUCCACCCCCUCGAGAGAUUUGGACAGCUGCUGAAGCGAAUCAAACCGACCCUUUACCUACAGAUUUCCCCACUAACCAGCUAGCUGACAAUGCAUUACACACAUAGAUGCAGACCUGGACGUGUGAAAAAUCAUGAAAAGAGGCCUAGCUGGGAUUUUGUGUAUAAAUUUGGGCAUUUGAGUUUAAUCCAACCUACAUUAUUAUUUUCGUUCCCCUCCAUGUACACACGCACACACACACACACCGAGCUCAUACAGGAUGCAUGCAUAUGCAGAUGAUGCAUACCUAUAUUUCAAUCUAUAACCUAGCUGUAUUCUCUCCAGCCUAACUGUAUAACUGUAGGGAGUUUUUGGAUUAAACAGCAGUGUGAGUGUUUAUUAUCUUUGACGGUGUGUUCUUCUUAUUUUUCUUUCUUUGUUUAUUUAAUUCUUAGAUAUAUUCAGACAGUUCCUAUCUAAUUCUGAUUAUAAUAUCCUUUGUAAAGCAACAUGUAGUGUUUGUAUGUGUGUGUGUGUGCGUGCGUGCGUGCGUGUGCGUGGACCCAGAGGGAUUACAGGGGGAGGAUCAAGCCAAACCUGACGCCUAUUGCUCUAUCUAUCUAUCUGUCUAUCUAUCUCUCAAGUGAUCAAUCGAUCCGCAGAUUGAUUUGUCUUAUCUAUGUGGCCCUCCUCUCUCGCUCUUGCCUCCUCUUCCUGCUUCUCCUCCUCCCCCUCAAUGUAAUUUGCUGUGUUUGUUCUUUGAAAAAAAUAAAACUUAAAAAAAAGAAAAAAUUAAAAUGCUAUCACAAUAAACUAUAAUAAAACAUUCUAAACUCAAAA